UGCAAUUGCAUUGCAGAAGCAAGCCGUGUAACGCCGAACUCCAUAUAUUGCAGCACAGGAAGGGAUUUGGAAUUCAUAUUUCACUGACGCAGACGCCGAAGGACGAUACCAUAAAAUGUCCGCUCGGCUGCUCAAAAAGGUUUUGAAGGAACAGGAGGAGCUGCAACAACACCAUUCCCAACCUUCUACUACUGAUGAUGAAGACGGACAAGAUCCUGGGCCAUCGCCUCCUGCUGCUUCUUCUAUCAAUCCAUUUGAUCUUCUUAUCGAUGAUGAAGACGACUCCCAAAUUAACCCUCAACAGGACGAUGACCAGGAGGUCGCUGAAGAAGUCUCUGUGAACAUGCACAAGGAGUUUGUGCGCAAUGGAACUAAAAGUGCAAGUUCAACCUCAAAUAAAAAACUGAAGAAAAAGAAAAAGAAGACAGAGCGUGAGAAUUCUUCUUCCACCACAAAUAAAAUCCUUGAUAAACCCUUGGAUGUGAUUCUAGAAUCACUGUCUCUGGAUGUUAACCCCUCUGCUUUAAGCCGUCAACAGGACCCUGAGAAAGCCAAAGAUGUCGUAGAAGAAGAAAGGAACCGUGGAAAACAAUGUUUGACUUCAUUGUUAGAAGUGGAUCCUAAAUAUUUAAAUGCUGGGAAUGAACUGCGAAGAAUAUUUGGUUCAAAGGUGGUAAAAUCAUUUGAAAAAAAUAAUCAGGCCAGUAGUUCUAGACAACUACGUGGGGGAAGACGUGUCAACCAUCUUUCUAGGAAGACCUAUCUUGUUAGUCCAUCAGACCAUUGGCCUCGUUGGGACGGUUCUCUUUCCAUGGAAUUUUUGGAGACAAAGAACGGAUAUCACUACUUCAGAUAUGUACAUCCGCCAUCCUAUGUUGAAGCUCAGAAAGCAUUUGAAGCUGCAAAAUCUAUUCAUGAUCUCAAUGGCAUUGCUAGUAUUCUGUUGCACCACCCAUAUCACUUGGAUUCACUUAUAACAAUGGCAGAGUAUUUUAAAUUUGCGGGUGACCAUGAAAUGUCCUCUGAUGCAGUUGCAAAGAGUUUAUAUGCCUUGGAAUGUGCAUGGCACCCCAUGUUCACUGCGUUACAGGGUAAUUGCCAGUUGAAGAUCAGCCAUGAAACGAACAAGCCAAUGUUUACAUCACUUUUCACUCACGUAAAAAACUUGGAUAGACGUGGUUGUCAUCGAUCUGCAUUGGAAGUUUGCAAACUAUUACUUUCACUGGAUUCCGAUGACCCAAUGGGGGCUAUUUUCUUCAUUGAUUACCUAUCUUUGAGAGCGGAGGAAUACACUUGGCUGGAAAGGUUUGCUGAGAGCUACAAAAAUGAUACUUCUUUGUGGCUGUUUCCAAAUUUCUCAUUUUCCCUUUCGGUCUGUCGAUAUUAUCUUGAGCGGGAAGAAGACUCAAAGAAUGAUAAUCUUGAUGCUACAAGGGCUAAUUCAACAGAUCUUUUGAAGCAGGCGUUAAUGCUUCACCCUUUCGUCUUAAAGAGAUUAGUGGAAAAGGUCCCGCUGAAGGAACAGUUUUGGGUGCAUAUACUCAAGAAUUCCUUCUUCUCGUCUGAUCAGACAGGAAUUCCAUCCUUGGACCACCUCAUUAAUUUGUACGUUGAGAGGAAUUACCUUAUAUGGAGAAUCCCAGAUCUGCAGAAGUUACUCAAAGAGACUGCACAAUUGGUAAUUGAAGUCUUGGAAACUGAUCGAAAUGAUGCUAAAGACUGGGCUUGUGUGAGAAAAGAAGCAUUCUCGUGCGAUAAAAAUGAGUAUGCUCAUCUGUUGGUCUCAGAUUUCUCUGAUUCAGUAUCAUCUGCCCCUCCUGAAGCCUUGCAAGAUUUUGUGGUUGAUCCAAGGAUGAGAGACGUGCAGAACAUAAUUCAACAUGCAAAUCCUCCUAAUCAACGGCAUCCCACCCGGGAAAUUGCAAAUAGGAGUGCAUUGGCUGUCCUGUUUGAAUCAAUGCUUCCUUGGGUAAACUAUGGGGAUGAAAGAGAUAUAGGCGUCGAUGAAGGUAACCAGUUCGACGAGCAUGACCAUUAAGUUGUCAAUUCUUCUCGAAUUGCUAGUUCUCUUCAAAAUGCUUUGAGAGAAUGGACUUAAUGUGAUAACUUGCCUUGUGUUGUAGCAAUUGCAUUGAGUUUUGUUUACUGAUAUUUGUCAUUGGUUGCCCACCAAGAUUGCUCUAUACUGAUAGUUGUACUUGUAAGUAGGAAGUUUUGAAUUCCCAAUGGCAUGCAAAGAAGAUCAAUCCCAAAAUUGGAUUAGUCAUUUUUCUUAAAGUUUGUGCUGUAUACAGAGGACUAAAAAACACUUCUCUGCUUGGUUAUUUAUAGCAUGUAACUCGUAACUCUAUUGGUCGUGUAAGAAUGAGCAUCAUAGCUCUUUCUAUUGUUUUGUAAAAGAAUAAAGGAUGAGUAUCUUA